GAAAAUCAUCUGCACUUUCGAUAAAAAUAGUAUCAUUUCGUCAAGUUUUUCAAAAUAAAGAAAUGUUAUAUAGCUUUUAAUUUAGUACACUAUAUCGAACUAUUUUACGUUAUCACUUAAUAAUUAAAAAAAGUAGUCGAAUGCAUGAAUAUGACCAGGAUAUAUUUUGAAUGUGCAGAGGUGAAACGCACACUUAAAUCGUUAGCUAACGUGCAUAUGGAAACCAAUCACAACAAACUCGCCAUAUUCAGCGCCAAAAAUAAAAGCAAUACAUGAACCCCCGAUAUGGCCACUGGUGAUCUCAAAGGGUGUCUCAGGAAGCUGGAAGCCUCUCUCCGCUCUCUAAAGUAUCCAAAAGAAGUGGACUAUCAAAGACUGGCCGUGGGGGAUCCGUCAGCAUGUCUUCCUAUAGUGAGCUAUGCCUUCAUUUCCUUUUCUCCCUCACUCACGGAGUACCUGGUCGAAUAUGGCGUGGAACUGACUGGAAUGAAUGAUCUGCGAUUUAUUGAAAAUGUCUACAAGGUCUUGCGAGAUAUUUUCAGCUAUAAACCACUGCUGACCAAGCAACAGUUCCUUCAGUCUGGCUUUGCUGAGAGGAAAGUCACCAUUCUCUGUGAUAUUAUUGGCUUUGUGCUCAACAAACACAAAGAACUCACUAAAGACGGCAAGAUUGCCAAUAAGCCAAAGAGAAGGUUAAAGAGGAGCACUGUAAAUGAUAACCCUUCAACUGAGAUGGACUCACUGGGAUUAACACCUUUAACGACGCAGCCACUUGUGGAAAGGCACCUUGGCAGCAAUUCAACACCAACACAGAUCAGAUUUUCUUCAGAUGAGCAGCCACAGCAGGAACAGGAAAUUGAAAAGAGGGGAACAGACAGUGGGCCUUUUCAGGACUCGCCUGAACCUACAGAUUCUGAUAAAUGUGUUAUAGAAAGCAUGUUGAGCGGGGUGGAGGCUAGGCUUCUGGAUACUGUCAGCAGACUGGAGCAGCGACUGACCUUCAUGGAUCACAGGAUACAUGCCCUGGAGAAAAGCCUGGCUGGCAAGAUUGUCAUUGAGAGCAACCAGUGGGAGAACUUGGAGAGUCGCGUGUUGCUGCUGGAGACCAGGAUGGCGCUGACCUCGGCACAGAGUCUAUCAUCAGGAGAUAGAGUUUGUAAUCUCAGCAUGGACAAAACUGAAUUUAAAGAGGACACAGUAGUGUCUUCAGGUGAUUUUUCAACUGUGAUUCAACCGCCAUCUGAUGUUAGUGCUGCUGGACACACUCCAGUCAAUCCUCCAACAGAUCCAGAGAAUAUUAAAGAAAGGCUUGAGAGAAUAGUUAACAUGAUGAAGGAUACAUCUAACAUUCUGCAAAAUAUAGAGCCGACAAUGUGAAUUGUACAUAGCCUGAACUUGUUUUUACAUGCCUUGUGAUUAACAGCAUGAUUCUGCUGUUAUAGUUUUAUAAAAUAUUAAGUGUCUUGUCCUCUAGAUGUCACUGGAACUCAAGUAAAAUUUCAAGGUAAAUGGCGCCCUCUAAGGUUUGUUCUUUUGUAUUACAACCUGUCAAGGAAGCAUUAUUAGUAGAGUACAUUUACACACUUCAACAGUUGUGCACUCACUUACAUACACACGUUAGAUAAAGGUUGCAUGAAGUACCAUGGUUAUAAUUAUCAGAGCACGAUGUUCUGCGAAUCAAUUUUUAAGAUAUGAAGUUCAAUUGUACCUCUACCAAGAUCAUGGGUACGAGUCCUAAGGUAUGCACAUACCAGUACUGAUAAAAUGUUAAGCUUGAGUUAACUUAAUGGGGUCGGAUAGUUUUUGCUUUUUUGCAUGUGUAAUUCCCCCACCCCAGACUUUUUACACUUUAUUAUUUUAUCCCAUUGAGAUUAAUGAUCUCCUUUACAAGGGAGACCUGGCCAUACAAUCUCAAUUUAUGUAAUUUGGAUACUGUUGUCAUUCACAUUUAUUUACACUUCUGACAGCUUUGCUUUAUCAGUCACACUUUAUAUGCAUUUUAUCAAUAUUGAAAUACAUAUUUUAUACUUUCCUUAUGGGCAAACAGCUAUUAAA